UCCUUUCGCAUUAGCGCUACGUCACUCCCUCACUCCUAUAAAUACACCUCCCAUCAACAAAUUACAUCUCAUUCAAAAAUGGAAGCCUUAAAAGUGCGUCCCGACAUCGCCACCUUCAUUACCAGCGUUUCGGAGCACAUCGGGGUGAAAAACCCCACCAUCACCUCCAUCACCACCAACCAGAAGGGCGAGGGCUACCUGGGGGAGAUCUUCAUGGUCACGGUCGCCGACCCACACGGCCACCGCCACCAGUUCGUGAUCAAGGCGGCGUUCGUGGAGGAAAAAAUCCGGGAGUUGGCCCCCAUCCGGAAAUCGUUCCAGAACGAAACGUACUUCUACACGCACCUGUGCUCCGCCUUCCGGAAAUUCGCCGGAACGACACCGGACUUUGUCCCGGAGUGCUACAAGACCGUGGUGGACGAGAACCGCGAAAUGCUCGCACUGGAAAAUCUAAAAGAGAAAGGGUUCGAGUGUUUUGAUAAAACUGUGGAGCUGGACGAGAAGCACGUCGAGUUGAUUUUCAAGACUUAUGGGCGUUUUCACGCCUUGUCGUUCGCCUUGCGUGACCAAGAGCCGGAAAAGUACGAGAAACUGGCCAAGGGGUUGUUCAAUGUCUAUGGCGAGUUUCUGGGGAAGAAGUUUUUCCCGGAACAUUUGGUGGAAAUGGGCAAAGUGGUGGGGAAGGCGUUCGUUCCGGGCGAGGACGACGAUGUCAUUGACGCAUACCGGAAAUACUCCGGGGAUAACAUUGUGGAUUUCUUCGCUUCUUGCAUCGCCUCUGAGCCGGAAUACUCCGCGUUGUUGCACGGCGAUUGUUGGAGCAACAACAUGAUGUUCAAGUACCAAGGCGGGACCGUCACAGACAUCAGACUCAUUGACUGGCAGUUGAUGAAGUCCGGGAGUCCGGUGUGCGACCUCUCGUACUGUCUCUAUUCCGGGGCUUCGAAGCAGAUUUUUGACAACUUGGACCACUAUUUGCGCAUUUACCACGACAGUUUCUCGGAUUGUGUCACAGAACUGGGCAGUGAUCCCCACAAACUGUACCCUUUUGAGGCGCUCAAAGCCGAUUGGAAGAAAUACGCAAAGUUCGGAAUGAUUAUGUCGUUUUCGAUUCUCCGAAUGAAGCUCACGCACAAAGAGGAUAUUAUUGACCUCACUGACGGAUUCGAAAUGGACGAAAUUAACGAAGUUUUUGCCAAUAUGAAGUUUAAUGAGACGGAUUAUUAUUCGAGGAUUCGAGGUCUUGUGCGGCACAUGUUUGAAAUUGGGGCUCUCUGAGCGGCCUCGAAGCGCUAUUAUGGGUGUGAAGGUUGUUGAGUUAAAUUAACUUUGUAAAUAUUUUUGCAGUUUUUUGCAAAUUGUGAUUACUUAUAAAUUAUAAUAAAAACAAAACCUAGUCGUA